GCACCAAGCUCAGAAUAACCCCGCGGAGCUGAGCCAGCAAAGCUGCUGCCAUAACCUGGAAGGAAACAGGCGUCAUCGCAAUAAACUUCCUGGGUUGGCGUGGCCGGGAAGUGGCGCUGGGAGCGAUGGCUCUGAGCAGCAGCGUGAGCCGGAGGUUCUAGCUGAUGCCCGGGCCUCAUUGUAAUGAUGCCGUCAAGAACGAAUCUCUCUGCUGGGAUUCCCAGUAGCAAAGUCAAAUAUUCCAAGCUCGCCAGCACUGACGAUGGAUAUAUUGACCUGCAGUUCAAGAAGAGCCCACCAAAAAUCCCCUACAAGGCGAUUGCACUGGCUGUCGUGCUCUUCAUGAUUGGAACUUUUCUCAUUAUCAUUGGAGCCCUCCUCUUGGCAGGAUACAUUAGCAAAGGCGGAACAGACCGUGCCAUCCCCGUGCUCAUCAUUGGGAUCCUUGUAUUCCUCCCAGGCUUCUACCACCUGCGCAUUGCGUACUAUGCUUCCAAAGGCUACCGGGGCUAUUCCUACGACGACAUCCCGGAUUUCGAUGACUGAAUAAUGUUCUGGACAGCAUUUACCAUUAGGUUAGUGUUAAGAGCUGCUAGUGACCCUAAAUAUCGGAGGGAGCCUGUAAGAUUGUAAAUGGAGCGUGUCAGUCACAAGAUGCAUCUUCCUGGUUUUGAAAAUCCUGUGGGGGAGGCGUUGAAAGCUUUCAGCUGGUGGGGGCAGGGGGUUAAACGUGGAAGUGACCAAAAGGAUUGCAACAUUAGGUGGGAAGAACACGUGGUUUAUUGUAAUUCUCCUCUUGGGUAUAUGAUGCCGGUUACUUGUAAGAAGUUCCUGGACAAGGCAAUUCUAGCCAUUCUCCAAACAUAGAUAAGCCGGACAGUUCCAUCAGUAAAGAUAUUUGUUUUCCUAACUGUUUCAAAGAGUUUUGUUGUUAGCUUGUUUGUUUUCUGAGAGAGAUUGUGGCUAUCCUUGGGUUUAGUGUUGCAAACACUGUACAUAACUUUAUUUUUUUGCUCUCUGCCCAUCCAAAAUUCUUCCAAUUUACUUGUCUUGUGCUCAUCUGGGAUAACAGAAUUCAACUGCAAACUGCACUUGCAUGAGAUAACUUGCACAUACUGCAUUUGCUGCACAAGUCAUCAUUACACUGACCAAUCCUAUUUACUCAGCAUUCUUCAGAAGCAGACUGCUUCCCAUGCCACUCUUAAUUUUGGCAAAAUCAACUUGUUAUCCUCUGAAAGAACUGAUUGUGGCUGGAUUUUAUUAUUAUUUUAAAGCAAAUAGAGACAGGGAGAAGAAUUGGGAUCUGGACCAGAACUGAAGAGUCUCAAUACCUAAGCCUUGGUUUUGAUGGGUGUGGGGGUAUUGGAGACAGUUGAAUUCUAACUGUAUGUAUAUUUGGGAUUAUUUUCUCCUCACCUAGAUGAUGUGUUGCUCAUAACUCCCUAGACCAGUAAAGAGCAAGUCUGUAUAGUUUGUACUGGAUAAAUCCUGUUUGUAUUGUAUUGCUAGCUUCAGCCAUAGGUUAUUCAGGGAAAAUAGAUUGGUCGCUCUGUACUUGAUGCAAAGUCAAAGCUCGCUGUCUCUGAGGUGGGACUGGACCAAGUGUCCCGAAGAACAACUGCGUGACAAGGCGUAGGAAUGCAAGGUACAAGUGUACGUGUUUAACACAAAUAAACUUCUCAAUCUUCUGUGUACAAA